CUAGCGUUAUCAAAUUACAUCAUUGGCACCAAGGAUACUCUGAAAUAUUGCGUACCUCUCUUAUUAGCCAACUAGCAACGAGUACGAACAAUGAGCUCGAUGGAUCAUGAGUACCGCUACCAUAUCUUUUUUGACUUUUUCUUCUUCGUCAUCUUGCUCUUCGUUGCUUAACGCAUCCGGCCUUCCUUUCGAUUUCUAAUUAUACCUUGACCCCUUGUAUACCUUGGUAUGAGAGAGCUAAUGACCUAUGUACCUACUUGCUACCCGAUCACCUAGUACUCGACUAAAUAGUACUUGAUACUUUCCCUCAAAUAGGAACAAGCCUUCUCCUUCUUCUUCUUUUCCUCUCUUCUCUUCUCUUCUCUUCUCUUACACUAUCUAAUAAUAUCACCCGAGAAGAAAUCUCCUGUUGUGUCUUCACUACUACACUACUAACAAGUAAAAUCACCUGGCGAUUAAUAAACAUUCUAUUCACGGCUCACUCGGAUAUCACCAGAAUCAAUCAUCACACCAUAUUUGGUACUUAAUUAUCUUCAAAAUGGAGAGCUCAAGUGAUAAAUGGGCUCACUACCCAACACCUCCCUCCUCAGCUAGUCCCACCAAAUCGUCCUUCAGCUCCAACAAUCCCUAUUCAUCUCAUCGUCAAUCGGCUUUUGGCGGCUACUCCAAAUCCAACAGUGGAAGUCUCCGUAACAGUCUCGAAGAACCUGUGAGCGACAAUGGCAAAGGACGUCGACGAGGUAGCUCACUAGGUGAACGUUAUCCUGGCGACAUGUCCCACAGACCUCUCGAUCAACUACGUCAAGAGACCAAAGCCGCAUAUCGAUCGCCACAUCUCCGUAAGAAGCACAUUCCAGGUGCCGAUACCAUCGAUUCUCUCGAUCGUACUUCAGUCGGUGGUGCGUAUCAUCAUGGAGGACCUUAUGAUGCUACAUUAAUGGCACGUAAUACAAGUUACAAGAACUCUCCUGUCGCAGCGGUUGCAGAAACGAACGCGGAAGCUCUCAGAGCUACCCCGAGAGAAAAUAUUCAAGACAGUUUGGAAAGACAUAUUCCAUUAUCAGGAGUGGCUGCAAUUCCCCCAGGAAUGCCGGGUCCAGAUGGUAGGAUUAUGAAUUAUGAAGAAGGUGCAGAUUUGAUGAGGGAACCCGAUGCUGCUGGUGGUGCAUACAAGAGAUGGGAGCAUGUGAACUACCUCCCCGAAGACUACAAAGGCAAAGGCGAACCCUCCUUCACCAUCGAAAAAGCCCUCAAAGACCACAAACUCGCCCAAAAAUCCCACCGUCGCAACAUGUCCGACGGCAACUCCGCCUACGAAAUGCAAUCCCAACCCUCCUCAUCCGCAUCAGGAUCGAGUCUGCGUCCCCCUCCCACAAACCGUCAAAGAAGCGCAAGCGGAGGUAACCUCACAAGCGGCGAUAGCAAAAAUAUGACGACUACGAGCGGAAGAGCAAUGGAAACGGUAGACUUCUCAAAUGAUGACGCGGGCGUAGGAAGCAGCCGAAGUAACAGUGCGGGAAAAUCGCACAAGAUGGGCGAGGGUCUCAAGAGAAGAUUCGGGAGCUUGAAGAGGAGUUUGAAGGGAAGCGAGAAUUAGGUAGUUUUGGAUGGUAAACUUAUUUCGGUUGUGGCAAUGGUUAAGAGGGGGAUGGUAAUGGCUUUUGGUGGGAAGAAAUGUCUCUGAACGUGGACAUGCACAUAAACAUGAACAUAUGGGAUACAUGGAUCGGAUGAAUGGAAAUGAUGUAUUUUUAGAUUUGGAGAAAAAUUGUACGAUAUCCAUUUUCUUAAUGAACUCAAAGAAAGUAUAUAUGACAACAAAUGGAUGAUGAU